GAUGAUGGAAAUCAAGACGACAGCAUAUCUACUAUGUCAUGUGAUCCAUUACACACCCAAGGAGGUCCAGUCACGCGAGCUAGAGCUAAGAAGAUGCGUGAAGCUUUAAAUGGCCUUAUUGAGCAGAUCUGGGUUGAAAACAACAUACAACAAGAUGAUUAUCAAGGCAUGAUCUGGGUUGAAAACAACAUACAACAAGCAAAUCGAAGCUUGGAUGAUUAUCAAGGCAUGGUAAACAUCAUUCAGGUUUCAAUCAUGUCAAGCGGUGAUGACAAAUCAACCACUAAAGGCCACCAUGUGGAUGAAUCCUUCAUGCUCAAAGCAAUGCAACAACAAUUUCAGAGGCUGGACAUCAUGUUUGGUGAGAUUAAAGACAAAAUGGAGAAGCAAGAUGCAGCAAUAGCCAAGUUAUACCAAACACAGAAUGGAAGUCCGAAUUUGCGUAGGAAUGAUGCUAAUGAUGAUUUCGAUGACAAUUAUAAAGAUGCAUUCAACAAUGACGCCCAGAACUCAAAUUUCAGCAUGGGCAGAUUUAUGAGAGAUAGAGGGGGUCAAAGAUAUAGAUUUAACAAAGGAGACCAAAAUCUGGCAAGGUGGGGAGAUUGGCAAGAUCAUGACUUAGGCAGCAUCAAGAUGAAGAUUCCUCCGUUUCAAGGCAAAAAUGAUCUAGAUGUGUAUUUGGAGGGGCAUGUUGCAUUGCAAUGUCCUAAUAAGCACACGAUGAUCUUGAGAGAAGAUGGAGAAAUUGAAACAGAGGAUGAAUCUGAUGAUGACUCUAUGCCACCAUUGGAAGAUGCUGAUGAUGGCCUGGAAUAUGCUGUUGAUGGAGAACUGCUUGUCACCAGGCGUGCUUUGAAUGUGCAAGCCAAAGAAGAUGAUGAAGUACAACGUGACAAUAUAUUUCACAUGAGGUGCCAUGUCAAAAACAAGAUCUGGGUUGAAAACAACAUACAACAAGCAAAUCGAAGCUUGGAUGAUUAUCAAGGCAUGGUAAACAUCAUUCAGGUUCAAGAGAAGGUUAGUUGAGGUCAUUUGCACGAAAUUACACGGUUUGCAUCAAAAUCGCACAAUUCUGCCACAAUUUGUAGCAAACUGAUAUUUCAUGUUAUUUUAGGUUAUUUUUAGUGAUUUUCAUGUUUUUUGUAUUAUUUUUGGGCUGAACAUUCACUUAUUUG